AGGUGAGUUCUCCACCGUCCUCCGGCCGGGCUGCGGGGCGCGGGGCGGUCCCAGGAGGCGAGUCCCUCCAUCCCCCCCCCCGGGGCAGGCGAGUUCCCUCCGGCCGCACCGUCUGGGUGGCUCCCGGGCGGGCGGGGCGCGGCGCCGCGGACUCCGGCCCGAGAAGAGGCCGGGGAAGGGCGCUCCUGAGCGGCUUGCGGGGUGGGCGCGGUAGGGAGCCUGGGGAGAGCGAGGGAGAGCGGGCAGGGGCCAGAGAGGCCGAGGCGGAGUCCCCGUGGAAACGCGCAGGUCGGGCUGGAGACGAUGGUGGACCACUUGGCCAACACGGAGAUCAACAGCCAGCGCAUCGCAGCUGUGGAGAGCUGCUUCGGGGCCUCGGGGCAGCCGCUGGCACUGCUGGGCCGGGUGCUGCUGGGCGAGGGCGUGCUGACCAAGGAGUGCCGCAAGAAGGCCAAGCCGCGGAUCUUCUUCCUCUUCAAUGACAUCCUGGUGUACGGCAGCAUCGUGCUCAACAAGCGGAAGUACCGCAGCCAGCACAUCAUCCCCCUGGAGGAGGUGACGCUGGAGCUGCUGCCCGAGACGCUGCAGGCCAAGAACCGCUGGAUGAUCAAGACGGCCAAGAAGUCCUUUGUGGUGUCGGCCGCCUCCGCCACGGAGCGCCAGGAGUGGAUCAGCCACAUCGAGGAGUGCGUGCGGCGGCAGCUGCGGGCCACGGGCCGCUCGCCCAGCACAGAGCACGCGGCGCCCUGGAUCCCCGACAAGGCCACGGACAUCUGCAUGCGCUGCACGCAGACGCGCUUCUCCGCCCUCACGCGGCGCCACCACUGCCGCAAGUGCGGCUUCGUGGUGUGUGCCGAGUGCUCGCGCCAGCGCUUCCUGCUCCCGCGCCUGUCCCCCAAGCCUGUGCGCGUCUGCAGCCUCUGCUACCGCGAGCUGGCCGCCCAGCAGCGGCAGGAGGAGGCAGAGGAGCAGGGCGCGGGGUCCCCGGGGCAGCCGGCCCACCUGGCCCGGGCCAUCUGCGGAGCGUCCAGCGGAGACGACGAUGACUCUGACGAGGACAAGGAGGGCAGCGGGGACGGUGACUGGUCCAGUCGCGUGGAGUUCUACAGCUCCGGUGUGGCCUGGUCUGCCUUCCACAGCUGACCCCCGGCCUGCAGAGAGUCUGUCCCUGGGCCAGCUCCACCGCCCAGGACUCUGAGCAGGCACAGCCGUGGGGAGUGGCGCUUUCUGGACUCCCAGUGCCUUUUUUCUGGACACCAUGUCUUUCUGGCUCCACUGCAGGUAAUGCCUUUCCGUUCAGAAAGCCCCAGAGCACCCAGAACUCUUGGGAGCAAAGGCCACUUCCCAGCUCUGCAGGCUGCAGCAGCAGCUCCAGACAGCCUCUUGAGCUGCACAAUCCCAGGUCCCUAGGCAUCUAGGGACCAGAGUGGGGUUCGGAGCGCAGAGGGAAGACAGGACAGGAGUGUAGCCUUGAGCCACAGAAGCCACCUCCACCACGACAAGCACACCCCACUGAAGAGCCUGAGUCGGGGGAGGCUUCCGGGAAGCCCAGGCCUGCCAGACAUGUGAGCUCCCCAAAGCACAGCCAGAGACUGCCGUGCUGUGGGUGUCACCAGGUCCAGGGACUGCAGCCUGAGCUCCCGGAGGUCCAGAGCAGCCGGGUGAGGACUCCGGCCUGCGUCACUUCUCUCCAGGUGUCCAGGUGUCUCGUGCCUUGUUGUCCCGUCCUCAGCUCUCCCCUUGGCCAGUGAAUCCCGUGUUUUCUGUUAGGACUCAGUUGCAAGAACAGAACCCCGCCCACACUUAAUAAUAAAAAAGAAAGUUUAUGGACUCAGAUGGUUGCAAA